GAAUUCAUCUGAGAACUUCUACAGGCUACAGAAAAACAAACCCCCGAAUUACAAAAGAUUCACUGUGAGGAGCUCAAAAUGAAGAAGAAAGGUGAAGAGGAUUGCAUGGAGCUGUGCCCCCAUCAGUGUGUUGAGAUGGAAAGGUGUGAAAGUAAAGAGCUGGACGUUGAAAUAAGGAACCUGAUAGGGAAGAGCAACACUUUGGAGUCUUGUGAAGACCCCAAACCUCUUGCCCAAGAGAGGCUGAGCCCUCGGAGAACUUCGUCUUCCCUUAAGAGCCAGAGUGAAGGAAACACUCCAGGCUGGCUUGGAUGCAACUGGGCAGGUGGGAGUGACAUGGAAGCUCCAUCAGAACCAUUGCAGUCAAGGCACACAUUACUGAGCAAAAAGAAGCCUUCGUCAUCUAAUUCUCUGGAGCAACAGAUCCUCACACUGGAAGGACAGAGACGAGAGCUUUUGGAAGUGAACAAGCAAUGGGAUCAUCAAUUUAGAAGUAUGAAACAGCUUUAUGAAAAGCAGCUGACAGAGAUGAAGGCAAGGCUGGACGUGUCGGAGAUGAGAGUGAGCGAGCUGGAGCAGGAGAGGCACCAGCAGCAUCCAGAGGAGGAGAGGUGGCGAGUGCUGGGCAGAGAGAGGCUGUUGCAGGAAAAGAAAGAUACAGAGGUCCUUAGUGAAGCUCUCCAUGAAAUGAAGGAAGAGAACAGGCUCCUGAAGCAGAAGAAUGCCUCGAUGACCAGGAGGAAGGAAUAUUAUGAGAGUGAAAUAAGCCGUCUCAACAAGGCCCUUCUGGACAUGUUGAAAAAGCAGCACCCACCUGUUGUUGGGACUCCUCCAGGGAAGGGUGACAGGAGCAGCAUUGAGGAGAUGAGAACCCAACUUGAAGUUCUUAAACAGCAGGUCCAAAUAUACGAGGAAGACUUCAGGAAGGAGAGAUCUGACCGAGAGAGGCUUAAUGAGGAGAAAGAAGCAUUGCAGAAAAUUAAUGAGAGAUUACAAUCUCAACUGAGUAAACUCAGCUCUCAGACAAAAGACCUCCCAGUGCAGCCUGAGAGGCCCAGUUACCCAGCUCCACUCUUCCUCUCUCCCUGUGUCAGUUAUGGGGGUUGUGGAAUGGUUCUUCACUGCCCAGAUCCUCGGGCACAUCCAGUGCUUCACAGGGCACAGAAGCAGCAGCAGCAGCGCUCGCCAGACUAUCAGUGGUAUGUUCCUGACCAGCUUCCGCCAGAUGUGCAGCACAAGGCAAAUGAUUCUUCCCUGGAGAAGGGAGCCCAUCGCUGA